GACACACACGGACCAUACCUUCUGCCACAGGAUUAGGGCAGCAGACCAAAAGCUUACAUAGUCACGUGACUCUCCUCUCCAAACGGUCCCUUCUUGCAGCCCCCUUCGCUUCGUGCGCUAUCCCAUGAUUCACUCCGAGUGGGCGUAGGCACGAGCAUCCAGCAGCAUCACUAAGUUUCAGCUCCUCCCUGCUGCCUGCCUGCUGGGAGUGGGAGACCAGGAGGAUCAGGGUCAGAUAAAUUCCAGACUGAGUGCAAAUGAGAGGACAAUCGUGUGCAUGAGUGUGUGAGAGGACAAAUUAGGCUUGGCUAUAGAGAGAGAGAGAGAGAGGGAGAGUCGUGAGUGUGUCUAUGUGUGUAUGAGAGAGAGAGAGAGAGAGAGGCAGAAGGUAAACCCAGACAGGACGAAAGGGAAGGAAAAGGGAAACAAGAGGUAGGAGAGAAGACAGAACUCACAAAAGGAGGGAACAUGGCUGAGCCGGAGCUGAAAUCGAGAAGCAGCCGGGAGAGUGUUGCUAAAGCAGUGAGCCAGGAGAAGAUGGGGACGGCGGAAGGAGCCUCCAACCAGGAUGGUCUUAUUGUGGAGCAACCAGAAUCCCCUUCAGACCCCAUGGUCUCUCCCCCCACCGCCGCGGAUCCAACGAACAGCCCACCCGAGAAGGGCGAAAAGAUCAAGCUCAAACGCAGCAUCACCCUCUUCAACGGCGUCGGGAUGAUCAUAGGCACCAUCAUCGGCUCGGGCAUCUUCGUGACGCCAACGGGUGUGAUCAAGGAGACCGGCUCUGCUGGCCUCUCUCUGAUCAUCUGGUCUGCCUGCGGGGUUGUUUCCACCAUGGGAGCCCUGUGCUACGCCGAGCUGGGCACAACCAUCGCAAAGUCCGGAGGCGACUACACGUACAUCCUCGAGGUAUACGGUGAACUGGCAGCCUUUCUGAAACUGUGGGUGGAGAUGCUAAUCAUUCGGCCAUCGUCCCAGUACGUGGUCUCCCUGGUGUUUGCCACCUACCUGCUUAAGCCCCUGUACCCAACCUGCCCUGUGCCGGACAGUGCGGCCAAGCUCAUCGCCUGCGCGUGUCUUGCUUCCCUGACGUUUGUGAACUGCAUCAGUGUGAGAGCAGCCACCAAGGUCCAGGACUUGUUCACGGCAUCCAAAUUACUAGCUCUCAUCAUCAUCAUCCUCUUUGGCUUCAUCAAGAUUUCCACAGGUGAUGUGCCCUAUCUGACACCAGAAAAGGCAUUUGAAGGAAGUAAAAUGGGAGUGGACAACAUCGUGUUGGCGCUGUACAGUGGCCUCUUUGCUUUUGGUGGCUGGAAUUACCUGAACUAUGUUACCGAGGAGAUGAUCAAUCCAGAGAGAAAUCUGCCCUUGGCCAUCAUCAUAUCGAUGCCUAUAGUCACGGUGGUUUACGUUCUGACCAACCUGGCCUACUUCACCACCAUCUCUCCUGAAGUCAUGGUUGAGUCUGAGGCGGUUGCUGUGAGUUUUGGGGAGUACCAUCUCGGCGUGAUGGCCUGGUUGAUUCCUGUCUUUGUCGGUCUUUCCUGCUUCGGGGCCGUCAAUGGAUCUCUGUUUACUUCAGCACGGCUGUUUUACGCCGGAGCCAGAGAGGGUCAACUCCCUGCCGCUCUGGGACUGGUUCACACAGACUUGUUUACACCUGUUCCAUCCCUAAUCUUUACAUGCUUCCUGUCCAUGCUGUAUGCCAUCUCCCAGGAUAUUUUCUCAGUCAUCAACCUCUUCAGCUUCUUCACCUGGCUGUGCGUUGGGAUGGCCAUUGCCGGUUUGGUGUGGCUGCGCAUCACCAAGCCAGACCUCAGAAGGCCUAUCAAGGUCUAUCUUUUCAUCCCUGUGACGUUUGUGUUGGGCUGCGUCUUCAUGAUCGUCGUGUCUUUCUGGGCGGCUCCGUUUGAGAGCCUGGUGGGCAGCAGCAUUAUUCUCACAGGCAUUCCUGCCUAUCUGCUUGGCUACAAAUGGAAGAAACCCCAUAUGGUCAAGAAGAUGCUGGAAAUCUUCACAAUGUUCUGUCAGAAGAUCUUCAUGUCGGUUCCUGAGGAGAAGGACAAACAGGAGGUGGCCGAGUAACUUCUGGCAAGCUUGGCAUCAGUCUUCAAAUGUUUACAUUCGUUUUUUUUUAUAUAGUUUGAGCACAUUAUUUUUAGAUUUUGUCCUACCAGUUACAGCAAAAGUGGAUUUAAAAAAAAAAAAAGUAUAAAUCUACAAGGUGCACAGGUGGCCUUAUGAAAUGUCUCCAGGUCUAAAAUGUUAUCUAAAUUUUGCAUCUGAUUUGUUUCUGCUGCUCUUAAUGUGAAAGCUUUUGAUAGUUUGGUCCUGUUUAACGCUGGAACAUACUUUCAUCUUAAAAUGUGAAUAGAUGCGAUGGAACCCGGAUUAUUUAGAUACUGCAAAUACAGCAUUAGAACAUGUAAAUCUACUGCCCUGCAGGUUUGUUUUCCAUUGAUAAAAAAAAAAGAAAAGCAAAACACAGAAGACAGUUUUGAUUGUGUUUACUUUUUAUAUCACUAACAAUAGAACGUGUCACAGUUUUUAAUAGUUUAGACUUCUUUAGAAUGUGAAAAACUUUGAGGUGACCUGAAGGCUUAGCAUAGCAUAUACAGAUCUAUUUCUGUAUUUGAGACAUGCUGCUAGCCUACAUUGGCUCUUAAAUGUCCACAUGUGCUGCAUGAUAAUAGGAAAACAGAACACUUCAAUAUUAUAGUUGAAUAUUACGUCACUUAAACCAAAUGCUAUCCUAGCUCUCUGAUCUUGGUCUCUAACGGGUAUAACGGGUUAUGGAAGUCCAUCCAAGUGUCCAAAUGUAUUAUAGGUAAGCAGAGUUCUGAUCUGGAAAUAUUCUAGACUAUCCUUUAUCACCUGAAAAAAAUACUUUGCAAUUGCAAUAUUAGACACAAUCAUACUUUGAUAACAACUGGGACUUGAUAAAGUGUGCAGCUUUGCCACACAGCCUUAUUAAAGUCCCCUGGUUUUGAAAUGAUACAGCAUUUCCAAACUUUUAGCACCUCAAAUUGUGCUUACAUUUGUCCUGUGCAACUGAACUGAAAGUCGAACAAAUCUGAUUAAAAAUAUAAAAGAGCCUCAAUAACCUGUUUAGAUAAGUGUGCACACCCUCAAGCUGAUACUCUGCUGCACAGCAUUCAGUCUUCUCUGGUAGGACUCUACCAGAAUCCAGCAUCUCACCUUUCGAGUUGUUUCCCACGUUACAGAAUUUCUCCAAACCUCUCAGGUUGUGAGGGCAUUGCUUGCUCGCAGCCUUCUGCUGGUGGCCACGUAGUUUUCUGUGAGAUUUUGUACUUUUGUAUUUUUGCAUGGACUCAAUGUGGUGCUGAAAAAAAUGAAAUUUUCUCUCCAGGCUCACUUUUCUUGCUGAGGCCUGAACAGUUUUGAGUUAGCUGACCCAUAAUUUCAUUCACUUAGUUAAAAAUAUCUUUUCCAAUCUAAGGAAAAGCAGCCCCAGAUCAUAAUGCUGCCUCCACCGUGUUUCACCGUGGGCAUGGCCAUGUCUUUGUGCUGUGUGGUUUAUUUGCCUGAAAUAUGCUUUUUGAUAUGUGAACCAAAAUCUCCUGUCUGAUUAUUUCAGAUAACAAACUCUCCAAAAAAAGGAUCUGGAAGAUUUUACCCAUGGCUGGAUGUUUAUUUUUUUUUGGAAGAAAAGACUUCUGUCUUGCCACUCUGCCCCUUGAUCUACGGAAAGUAAACUUGCUACACCUUAAACACAACCAGUACUUGUUGGAAACUUCUCCAGAUCCUUCAAUGUUUUUCUCGGCCAUUGGCAAACUUUUUCUCAAGGAUGACUUUGAGCCGGUUCUCCUCUAAAAACAAAGGCUUAAGCUAAAGGAAGAAAAUAUAAAAAAUAUAAAAAAAAGAAAAAAGAAAGAGUAACUUCACUUAAUUUUAGAUUCACUAGACUUGUUUAUAGGUGUGAAAUCAAGAAGACUGAAAGCUGAGUUAAAAAGGUGCUUCAGCAAAGUUUUAGUUAAAGGUGGUUCACACUUAUGCAACCUGGUUACUGCAGCUUUGUUUUUGAACUGUAUGGGAUAGUUCACGUUAAAUACUAGUAAAUGAUUCAAAAUGAUCAUGCUUUAUGAUUUAUCAUGCUGUCAUUUUUUGAGGGUCAACAACCUGGAAUAUUAGCUGUCCUAUUUGCACUUUUCAGAGCCACUAUAUAAGGUCACUGUUUGAAGAGGACUAAUAGCAGAGCCGCUUUUGUUUUAACCCAUAUUAAUAUUCCUGUUAAGUUACUUUUAAUUUAAAACAACUUUUUUUUCAUCCUUUCUACUAUGACUUAGCACCUAUUUUAAAUCACAGCCUCUAGAAACAUAACACUAGAUUUGUAAUUUCUACUGUAGGAGUGCUGCUAUCCGGCUAGCCAACUUUUUCUAUGAUUUCACUCCGGUGUGAAACCGAGUUAACUCUGUGUGCAAAGCAGAAAAAGGUGACGUAAAGCACUGGUAGCAGAAGCGAAGCAUCUGUAUAGUUAUCUCUGUAGUGGUUGUAUUAGUGUUUGUAUUGGAGGUUUUUCUCGUCCGUGCCAGCUUCGUCAGUGCUGAUGUUUAACAUUUUAGUGACACUCUCAGACCAAAUUGAAUGUGUAAUGACGUUUGGUGACGCAGCCCCGAAAGCCACCCCAAAGAAAGACAUUCCCGGAAGCAGGAAGCUUUAAAAGCUUUUGAAGUGUUACCCGCUCUGAAAGCUUACACUGAAUUCUGACAUUCGUUGCGUUCAUGUUGGCUGAAGGCAUGAGACAGGAAGACGAGUGCCAUCCUACCAACAUUUUUAUUCUAUGAUUUUACUCUAAGAAUUUCUCAAAAUGUCAGAGAAUUCAGUUUAUUCUCUACUUAUCUGUCCUUUUUGCUUGCAUUAUUGAUUUACAUGUUUUAUUUUCCAGAUCAGAUAGGCAUUUAAUAAAACUUUGAUAGUGCACAUUUCUAACUGCCAAUGAGUUGUAACUGUCAAAUAUUUAUUUCUUAAAAGUAUCAAAGAAUAUUUUACACUCACCUAACAUCCACAGCAGCUAUGAGCACACCACUGAAUAGCACAAAGGUUGAAGAAAGACGUAUGGAACGCCCUCUUUAUUGAUUGACCUCAAAUAAAGAUGAAUGCUUUCUGCAAGCCUCAUCAUAUAUUUUAUGUUGUGCACAAAAUACUGUAUCUGUAUAAAACGUCGCUAUAUAUCUGUAAUCACGUUUGACAGGUAAAAUGUUAUGGGGAAUUAAAAAUAUUUUUAAUCUUAAAAUUGAGAGUACCUAUUAUAUCUGUUGUAUCUCAGUGACCAUGGCAGGUACAUGUAAUAAUAAAAGUAUUUUCUUCAGA